UUUUAUUAAAAGAUUGCGACGGGAAUUUCUGAAUAGUGAGGACUCACAACUAAUCAUGCCUCUGGGAGUUAAGCCAGUGUGUAGUGCUUGUAAAAGCAAUGAAUCGAAAAUGUGGAGCAAAGGAGACAAAGGCGACAUUUUGUGCAACGAAUGCGUAACAAAGCAGACACAUGGUGGUAAGGAACAAAAUGGGAACGGUGGAAAUCAAGCAAAAAAGGGUGGACAAAACUCCGAGAGUGCGCAGGAAAGAGUGUUAAGAAAAAGCUCAAGAAACAAACCAUCGAAAUAUCGUGUCAGUGCCAAACCAGUGGCAACAAAAGGAAAAGGCAGAAGGAUCAUAUUCAAGAAAAGUCAACCAGUAAAGGCGCCAACUGCAGUAUCAACAAUUGUUACUGGAGAAAGUAUUUUUUAUGAGGGAACAUAUUACCAGGUUGGGGACAUUGUAUCACUUGUUGACGAUGAUGAGAAUAUUUACUAUGCUCAGAUCCGGGGAUUUCUUCAGGACCAGUACUAUGAGAAGAGUGCAGUAAUUACAUGGCUUCUACCAACCAGGGAUUCUUUCUCUGGGAAAUUUGAUCCUGCGACUUAUGUGCUAGGACCAGAAGAAGAUCUGCCAAGAAAGAUGGAGUAUAUGGAGUUUGUCUGUCAUGCACCAUCAGACUAUUACAGAAGCAGUAAAAGCCCAUACCCUACUUUAAACAAUUCCCCCGAACUCUGCUAUAUUUGGUCCUCACUGGGCCCUGAAAUCAGACUGGCACCAACAAAACUCGAUGAUGUGUUCGGACCGGAAGAUAAUCUGAAAUCAGACUCUAGUGUACCUCAAACUCCACCAAAGAAAACUAAAGUAGAAAAAGUGAAGGUAAAGGAGGAAAAGAAGUUCAUAGUUGUCGAGUGAUAGUUCUUUUUUAUGGAUAAUUUGAAAGAUAUAUAAAUUGAUGUGUUCAAUCAAGUUAGUGAUCUCCACAUGUAGAAUAAAUGAGAAUGUAAAAGUGGAUUGUAUUUAAGCCACUAACUCAGACAUGAAAUAAAUUGUUCUAACUGUUUAUAAGAAAGCAAGAUAAAAGCUCUAAAUAUUUUAUAAAUUUGGCAUUUCUGUUCGAAAUAAAUACAUGAAUCAUCUAAGUUGAAGUGAAUGUAUAAACUUUUGGUAUUUUUAGCUCACCUGUCACAAAGUGACAGGCUGAGUUUUUGUGAUCGCUUUUCGUCCGUUAUCCAUCCGUCGUCCGUCCGUCCGUAAACUUUUAUUUUAAAUGACAUCUCCUCAUAAACCACUUAGCCAAUUUCAUCCAAACUUCACAGGAAUGUUCCUUUGGUGGUCACCUUUAAAAAUUGUUCAAAGAAUUUAAUUCCAUGCAGAACUCUGGUUGCCAUGGCAACCGAAAGAAAAAACUUUAAAUAUCUUCUUUUAAAAAACCCUAAGAGCUAGAGCUUAGAUAUUUUGCAUGAAACAUCUUCUAAUGAGUAUCUACCAAGUUUGUUCAAAUAAAAUCCCUGGGGUCAAAAUUGGUCCGCCCCAGGGGGUCAUUGAUUUUCCCUAUAUGCAUAUAGUAAAAACUUAAAAAAUCUUCUUUUAAAGAACUCAAAGAGCUAGAGUUUAGAUAUUAAGCAUGAAACAUAUUUUAGUGAGUGUCUACAAAGUUUGUUCAAAUAAAAGCCCUGGUUUAAAAAAUUGGCCCCGCCCCUGGGGGUCAUUGAUUUUCCUUAUAUGUGUAUAGCAAAAACUUAAAAAUCUUCUUUGAAAAAAACCAAAUAGCUAGAGUUUAGAUAUUCAGCAUGAAACAUCUUCUAGUAAGUGUCUACAAAGUUUGUUCAAAUAAAAGCCCUGGGGUCAAAACUGGCCCCGCCCCAGGGGUAUUAUUGUUUUUAACUAUAUGUAUAUAGUAAAAACUUAAAAUAACUUCUUUUAAAAAACCCAAUGAGCUAGAGCUUAGAUGUUUAGCAUGAAACAUCUUCUUAUGGGUGUCUACUAAGUUUGUUCAAAUAAAAGCCCUGGGGUGAAAAUUGGCCCUGCUGGAGGGGGGGGGGGAGAUAAUUGUUUUUCAUUGUGUGUAGUAAAAACUUAACAAACUUAACAUUGUGAAACAUCUUCUAAUGAGUGUCUUUCAAGUUUGUUCAAAUAAAAGCCCUGGGGUUUAAACUGGCCCCGCCCCGGGGGCCUUUAUACAGGUGAGCGACCUCAGGGCCAUCAUGGCCCUCUUGUUUUUCUUUUCGAUAACUUUUGUUUUAUUUCUAGAAAGACAAACCAGUCAGUGUUGCUUAGUUGGUUAUAAAACUGUAGUUGGACUAUCUGAUAUCAUUAGUGCAUUAUUUGUGAGUUACCAAGCAUCUUAAAACUUAAUCUUGUAGUGGCAACUGAAGCUACAUGUACACAUGUUACCAGUGCAGACCAAGAUUUAGCUGUCACCUUCGUGCUGCCUGAUCAUGGUCUGCACUAUUAGCUAUUCGGUCAAUACUUAUUUUAAGAUCUUCUCUAAAAAUGAUGAAUGGUUUUGUCCAGAUUGAAAGAUGGACAAGUCCAUUUAAGAUAUAAUGGUUAAGUAUCUUAACAUAAUAAGAUUGAAAGUAUGUAUCAUAUCAUAGAUUGGUAUUAAGAAUAAAGUAAGUAAAGUUUGUAUAAUGUGAAAGAGGCAUGUAAAAAUUCCUGCUUAACCUGUACAAUAGCAGUUGCAAUGUUGUUAUAGAUGUCUUCUCAAGUAAUAAUACUUUUAAAAUCAUAUGAACUUUUUUGCUGUAAAGAAGUCAGUAAUAUUUUAAAGUUUUUGAAUAAUUUGUUUGAGCAAGUUGCAGCUAAAUUGUUUGUAAGACCUUAAUGCAUGUAAGUGACUUAAUAACCAUUAUAAUAUAAAAUUAACACAGGUGUCUCCGGGAAAUAUUGCAUAUUAGGAACCGGAGAACUGAAAUAACACCCAAGCUGGUAACAUCAUUGUAAUGUAAUUGUUCACAGCUAUGAAUUAUUGCUCUGAGAGCCGAGCCAUUCAUCAUUGAAUUUUAUCAGGGGAGAAAACUUGAACAGUACAUCUCCUUAAGUCUAUAUAAAUUACUCUCCCCUGGGGAAUAUUGCAAACCAGGUGGGGAAUAUUGCAAACCAGGUGAUAUUCAUUUCCAGGAUGAUAGAUCCAAAUAACACCAUGUGAUGUCACAUUUGACUAUAUAAUAAUUAUAACGUUUACUUGAGGUAUAAUAAAACAAAAUAACAGUUUCAUUAAUAAAUUAGUAUGAUAGACCUUCUAAAUUCUCCUAAUAAAUUUAAAUUGUUAUUAUCAUACAACUGAAAUUAAGUUGCAUUAAAUAUAGGGCCUUAUUAGACUGUGUAGGCUUGAAAAAAGAUAAAUCAAGGCCAGUAGAUAUAGUGGCUUACAUUGAAUCAUUGCACUUGCUGUUAUGGAUUGGAAUCAACCAGAAACUUCUGAUUCUUAUUUUUAAUGUAGAUAUUGCUAAUGGAAGACUUGUCUGUUGUAUGAUUAUUUUAUGGCACUGUCCAUAUGUAUGUUUGUUUUUAUCCAUCUGUCUUUAGACAUUUGGUUACAAAUAAAUUUUGAAGUAA